CAGGAGGAGGAAGCGCCGUUUCCGGUAAUGAGCGACUGACUGACUGACUCCUGACACCGACAAACCCGCUGCUUUCGGCGUCUAUCGGGGUGAAAUUCCGGGCUCUUCUCCGGGCAGGACCUCAGACGGGUUCCAGCCAAGCGUUCGGCUGGACAGAGGCGUAAAGCUGAAGUGAAGGCGCGGGGUUUGAGGCACACUCCACCGGCAUGGCCCGCGACUACGAUCACCUCUUCAAGCUGCUGAUCAUCGGGGACAGCGGUGUUGGAAAGAGCAGUCUUCUGCUGCGUUUUGCAGACAACACUUUUUCAGGUAGUUACAUCACCACUAUAGGAGUCGACUUCAAGAUCCGGACGGUGGAAAUUAACGGAGAGAAGGUGAAACUGCAGAUAUGGGACACAGCUGGACAAGAGCGUUUCAGAACCAUCACGUCUACGUAUUACAGAGGAACCCAUGGGGUCAUAGUGGUGUAUGACGUCACCAGUGCCGAGUCAUUUGUCAACGUCAAACGAUGGCUGCAUGAAAUAAACCAGAACUGUGAUGACGUCUGUCGAAUAUUAGUGGGCAAUAAAAACGACGAUCCAAACUCUAAGGUUGUGGAGACGAAUGACGCACAGAAGUUCGCAGAGCAGAUGGGCAUCAGUCUGUUUGAGACGAGUGCAAAAGAGAAUGUCAACGUGGAGGAGAUGUUUAACUGCAUCACAGAGCUGGUGCUCCGGGCAAAGAAAGAGUCUGUGGCCAAACAGCAGCAACAGCAGCAGAAUGAUGUGAUUAAACUGGGCAAGAAUAGCAAACGAAAGAAAAAAUGCUGCUAGUGCACGAACAGACGUUCCUCUGCACAUGCGGACGGACUGUGAUCGUCUCAAUUACACAAACACAGGGCGGACACAAUGCAGUCCUUUCUGGACCGAGUCAAGCCACAAAGACUUUUUAAAAGAAAAUGUACAGAUUUUAUCGGAGUCGAGGAGUUUCACGUGGAAUUGGUGAUAUUUAAUAAAAACAUCCUCCUCCUUUAUUGAAGGACCAGCAAGCUGACAUGAUCGCCAAACCGCUUUCAGAAUUACUCUCUAUUAUCCGCCAUCUCAGGAGUGAUUUUUUUUUUUUUCUUCUUCAUCAUCAUCAUCAUCUUCUCUUUCUCACAUUUUUGUGGAAUGCCAGUGUUUUUUCUGCAAGAACAAUUAGGCCUUUUUUCCCCCUUUUUUAUUAUUUUUUUUAUGAAUUAAUGCAAUUACAGACAUUCACUCAUCGUGGACUCAAGACAGAUGGCAACAAUUUUUCAGUUCUAGCUCAUUUUUAGACCAGUGAUGCGUCAAAUAGCAGUCUUUUGAUUCUCUCAUUCCCUCAAAUCUGUUCCUUCCUUUCAUCUCAGAUGAAGAGCAUGUCUGUUUUAGAUGUGAAAUUAAGUCAGACCAAGCCCAUUUCCCGCCCAAAUUCUCAUUUUACAAUGCAAUAUUGUAAAAUGUUUCUACGUCAUGAUCGUAUUUGUUGUACUGCCUUUAAUACUCCUUUAAAAUAGUCUUUUUUUUGAUGCGUUAUUAGGAAGAGGAUCGAGUCAAUCAUUAUCAUGAAAAAAAAAAUGGCCUUGUAAUAGGCUUCAUGCAAAAUCUAGUUUCUUUUUUUCCUUUAGAUUUAGGGCUGAACAUGUUUCGAUGAGGUUAGUUAUCCGGUGGACGUUCACAGACGUCUUUUUCCGCGUGUUUUUGUGCUUCCCGUGAAGAUGAAAAGAAUGAGGGCGUAAUCUCAGACGGCAUCGUGACCGAAUCGCCCUCUCGUUCGGUGUUGCCAUAGACUUGCUGGAGUCGCAUCUUUGGGUCUUGAAGCCGAUUUGUUCUCCCGCAUCUCAUCGAUGAGUGAUGUCAAUGUCAAACGAGGUUGUAACACAUUGCUACGAGUCCUGUGUGGAGCACAAGAUCCUCAACUCAUCCGGACACUGAUCCAAGCAAAGUUUAAAAAAAAUUAAAAUGCACAGUUGCAAAGGGUGUAUUGCUAAUAUCAAAUGUAAUAUGUUUUUAUAUAUGGGCGGGAGAUGUUAUGUUAAAGUGUGUAAGCCAAAGGGGUGUUCAUCCCUAAACAGACACAUUUCUUGAAUUUUCUUGAGUCUUUAUGGCGGAUACCCGACCUGUGAGAUCUUCCUUUGGGGGUGAAUCUCACGAAAACGUGACCGUGUCACAAUUCAACCCUAAAGAAAAUAUUUUUCGUGAAGAAAAAGAAGCCUAUUUUCCUAUGUUCUUUGCAUUUAAAUUGUGAGUGUAUUAAAACAAAUGGAGGUGUAUGGUGAUUAUAUGACGCAAUGAAUUUAGAUAUGCAAUUCACAAUAUGCAAAACAUAUUGCUUCAUUUUUGAGCGUUUUUGUGAGAUUCACCAAUAGGAGUCCUUUCAUUAUUAGUAUUAAUUCAGUGAGCCAAAACACGGCAGAAGCCCUAGCUGUGCCGUGAGCCAAAUUCAACCUAGUCAUGUGACUUCUGUUCAUCAUAUUUGUGCGUAUACUUGCACGUAUUAUGUCCAUGCAAACUGUGCUGGUUGAAACACUUUUUUCAGCUGUGGUUAUAUUAUACACUGGAGAAAAGAAAUGUAUUAUGGACAUCCCCUUUAUGAAUUAAGUCAUUAAUAAAUAUUUUAAAGAAUCAAUAUUU